AUGUCUCAUGGCGCCGUUGAAACUGAGCGCUUUUUGCACCUCUACAUCUUCGAUAAGGCGCCGCGUUGUUUGCCACCUUACCUCGACCUCGCCCGGCGAAGCGACGACUUUUUCGUCCGAGCCCUGCGGCGUGCGGCACUGCUCCCCUGGCGCGACGCGCGAUUCUGGCGCCGGGCUGCGGACGCAGUGGCCGAGAGGGAGAAGAUGGCUGGGCGCGACCUGGCACAGGUUUGCUUGGCCUUCCGGAGAGUAGACUUCCCAAGCCGCAUCCUCUCGCAGCAUUGCCAAAGCUAUGUGGCCGAAAAUGCGCCGAGCUUCAACACAUUUGAGCUUGCGGCGGUGCUGAGCUACUUCUCGUAUGCUGGAGCUGGUUUGCCAGGCGCUGAACAGUUUGUCCAAAGCUUGGCAGACGAAGCAGUGUCAAGUUGGAGACAAAGGGAAGCGGUCCCUUGGUCAGCUUGGAAGAUGCUGGUCAUCGCUUCUGCUGAAGCUGGUGUAGACCAUCAACUCCUCUUCACCACAGCGGCGCCACAUUUAGUGCGAAAUGUCAAGUACAUGAGUGGGCGAGAUGCUGUGGAUGUGUGCGGUGCCUUUGCAGAGUUCCGCUUCAAGCACCAAACCUUGCUCAUGGAGCUGCAGCGUUUCUUGCCCUCAAUGGGACUCUCUGAUGCUGAGGUUGCCGCCUUGCAGGCGUCCUUCUUGCGCUUGGACUUUGAAGCCCCGCAGCUGCGGCGUUUGCAGAUCCCUGACGACAUCCGCAAGAAGGAAAGCAACACCACGCUGGGUGUUUGGGGCCCGCCAGAUGCUGAGUUCAAUUGGUGCGAAGAGGACUACCAGCUGUCAGAGUGGAUUGCGGAACCUGUGAACACUGCCUCCUGCCUUCCCAUGAUCUUGCUGCCACUUCUAUUCUUAGCAAUGCACGAGGCGACGGCAGAUGUUUGUGUCAUCGCUUGGAUGGAAGUAGCAAUUGCAAUCGGCAGUAUGCUUUUUCAUGCCACCUUGCGGUAUCCCAUGCAGUUGGCAGACGAGCUCCCCAUGCUCUGGUACGUUUCUGCAGUGGCGUGCAGCUGCUUGAAGCGUUUAAAAGCUGUUCAUGCUUAUCCAUUGGCCUAUGGCUGGGCAGCGGUUUUAAGCAUCGUCAUCAUCGUGACUCAGCAGCAUUCGCUGCUCCAUGACUGUUUUCGUGGCAUGAUGACUGUUACUUUCUGCACCGGCUUGGUGGUGAUAGGCUGGGGAUCAUCGUCGAUCUCGGUCCGCAUCAAAAGCUGCCGCGAUGACAAGGGCAAACGUGCAGCGAAAGCGGCAGAGAACAUGAUGCAAGCAGCUUUGCUCAUGUUUGCAGUUUCGGUGGUGAGCUGGCUCCUGGACAACUACCACUGUGCGAGGCUCAAGAACCUGCCAGGUGGCCUUCCGUAUCCACAGUUGCACACUUGGUGGCACAUGUUCAUCGCAGGGACCUUGCACUGCAUCACGAUGCUUCUGCACAUGGAUUCUCAUCGGGACUCGUCUGGUCUGGACGUGCGCUUCGUGGCAGGUCUUCCUGUGAUUGAUACUUGA